CAACAUGCACUAUGUCUGACGGGUGCUGUAUUCACUUCCACUGUAUUGAAAUUAUCCUACUUGGCGAAAACUACAACACCCAGUAGCAGAACUGUCGGUACUGGGUAGUAUGAGUUGAAGUAUUUUGUUUCUUUUUUUUCGGUUGUUUGUAUGUAGCAGCAUGGAGCUUACGAGUAAGUGGAAUGAUUUAACUGGGGCUCCUUCUUUGAAACAUUUAACUAAACCAGAUUAUGGUGUGCUUCAGGAGCAGCAGCAUUGUGCAGUUCGAGAGCUCACUCGAGCCCAUUUGGAGUCGUUCAAUCAGGCAGUGACAGUGGGACUUGUCCGGGCAGUGCAAGCUAUUCCUCCUCUGGAAUUUUCAUUUAAAGGUGAUCAGAUUUCUUUGGCAUGUGUGGAUGCUACCAUCCUUUCUCCUGGAGUUCCAAAAGGAACACUGAGCAAAGACCAGAAAGUUUACCCAGCUGAAUGUCGAGGACGCAGAAGUACCUACAGAGGAAAGCUAACUGUAGAUAUCAGCUGGUCAAUGAAUGGUAUACCCAAGGGCAUUAUUAAACAGACCUUGGGGCAGAUUCCAAUCAUGGUCAAAUCCAAGCUUUGUCACUUGCAUGGCCUUUCUCCAAAGGAACUGGCUCGGCACCAUGAGGAAGCAGAGGAAAUGGGAGGCUAUUUUAUUAUUAAUGGCAUAGAGAAGGUUAUGCGGAUGCUGGUAAUGCCUCGAAGAAACUUCCCCAUUGCAAUGGUGAGGCCCAAGUGGAAGAGCAGAGGUCCCGGCUACACUCAGUAUGGUAUUUCUAUGCACUCUGUGAAGGAUGAACAUACAGCAGUCAACAUGAUUCUGCAUUAUUUGGACAAUGAUACGAUGAUGUUGAACUUUAUCUACCAGAAAGAGUUGUUCUUCAUCCCCUUGGGAUUUGCACUGAAGGGUCUGGUUGAUUUUACAGAUUAUCAGAUUUACCAGGAGCUAAUCAAAGGAAAAGAAGAUGAGUCACUUUUCAAGAGCUGCAUCUCUCAGAUGUUGAGGAUGGUGAUGGAGGAGGGCUGUCCCACCAGGAAGAAAGUUCUGAACUAUGUGGGAGAGCGAUUUCGAGUGAAACUUGAUGUUCCUGAGUGGUACACAAAUGAGCAGGCUGCAGACGUCCUAUUUGAUCGGUGCUUGUGCAUAAACCUAAAUUCUAACAUUGAGAAGUUCUAUGUGUUGUGCUUCAUGGCUCGUAAAUUGUUUGCAUUUGCCAAGGAAGAAUGUAUGCAGGAGAACCCAGACAGCUUGGUUUAUCAGGAAGUACUAACUCCAGGGCUUCUUUACCUCAUGUUUCUAAAAGAGAGAGUACAAGGCUGGUUACGCUCUGUGAAAUUAACCUUUGACAAAAAAUCUCAGAAAACAAAUCUCACCAUUAACUCUGAAAAUUUCAUGAGGAUAUUUGGCCAAGCUACAGAUAUCACAAACUCAUUUGAAUAUCUUCUAGCCACUGGGAACCUCCGCUCUAAAUCAGGCCUGGGCAUGCUACAAGAUUCUGGACUUUGUGUGGUGGCUGAUAAACUCAACUUCAUCCGUUACUUGUCCCAUUUUCGCUGUAUCCACAGAGGAGCUGCUUUUGCAAAGAUGAGAACCACCACAGUGCGCAAACUGCUGCCAGAGUCAUGGGGCUUCCUCUGCCCUGUGCACACACCAGAUGGGGAGCCCUGCGGUUUGAUGAACCACAUGACUGCAACCUGCGAAAUCGUUACUGAAUCAUUAUUUACUGUUACUCUGCCAGCUCUUCUUUGCUCUCUAGGAGUUACUCCAGUUGACGGCACUCCAAGCCAUCCCUAUGCUGAAUGUUAUCCUGUUGUUCUUAAUGGUACAAUGGUAGGAUGGGUAGAGAAGGACCUGGCUCCUAGUGUUGUCAGUUCCCUGCGAAAAUUCAAGGUACUAAGACAGAGGAAGGUUCCACAAUGGACAGAGAUUGUCCUCAUACCCAUGACUGGAAAAGCUAGCCUGUAUCCAGGCUUGUUCAUUUUUACCAACCCUUGUAGGAUGGUACGACCAGUCAGAAACUUGGCACUGGGGAAAGAAGAACUAAUUGGCACAAUGGAGCAGCUGUUCAUGAACAUUGCCUUGUUUGAAGAUGAAGUCAUGCCAGAGGUAUCUACUCACCAGGAGCUUUUCCCUCACAGCAUGUUGAGUGUUGUGGCGAACCUCAUCCCUUUUUCUGAUCACAACCAGAGCCCCAGGAACAUGUAUCAGUGUCAGAUGGGUAAGCAGACCAUGGGAUUCCCACUGUACACUUACAAGGAACGUUCCGAUAACAAACUGUACCGCCUUCAGAUGCCGCAGAGCCCCUUGGUACGACCGUAUAUGUAUGAUUACUAUGACAUGGACAGUUAUCCUACUGGAACAAAUGCAGUGGUUGCUGUGAUCUCCUACACAGGUUAUGAUAUGGAAGAUGCUAUGAUUGUAAGCAAAGCUUCAUGGGAGAGAGGAUUUGCACAUGGUACUGUCUACAAAACUGAGCAAAUAAACCUGGAUGAAAAGAUCAAACAAAGUGAUGACAGUUUGGUGUUUGGAGUCAAACCUGGUGAUGCAAGGACUGACCAGAGGCUUGAUGGUGACGGAUUGCCCUUUAUUGGAGCAGUACUGCACUAUGGUGAUCCCUUCUACAGCUAUGUGAACCUCAGUACUGGUGAAUGUUUUGUUAUAUACUACAAGAACAAGGAAGACUGUGUUGUGGACAACAUCAAAGUGUGCAGUAAUGAUAGUGGAACAGGGAAGUUUAAGAACAUCUGUAUAACUAUGAGGGUACCUCGUAAUCCAACUAUUGGAGACAAAUUUGCAAGUCGACAUGGACAGAAAGGAAUUCUUAGUAGGCUGUGGCCAGCUGAAGACAUGCCAUUCACAGAAAGUGGAAUGGUGCCAGACAUAUUGUUCAAUCCCCAUGGCUUUCCAUCCCGUAUGACCAUUGGAAUGUUGAUUGAAAGCAUGGCUGGAAAAUCUGCAGCACUGCAUGGACUUUGCCAUGAUGCCACACCUUUCACUUUCUCUGAAAAAAAUUCUGCUCUGGAGUACUUCGGUGAGCUGUUAAAGGCAGGUGGGUAUAACUAUUAUGGGACUGAAAGACUUUACAGUGGUAUUAGUGGGGUAGAAUUAGAGGCAGACAUUUUCAUUGGAGUGGUUUACUACCAGCGUUUGCGUCACAUGGUUUCUGACAAGUUCCAGGUCAGGACAACUGGAGCUCGUGACAAAGUGACAAACCAGCCAGUUGGAGGUAGGAACAUUCAAGGUGGGAUCCGUUUUGGUGAAAUGGAACGUGACGCUCUCUUGGCUCAUGGUACAUCCUUCUUGCUGCAUGACCGGCUGUUUAAUUGCUCUGAUCGGUCAGUGGCUCAUGUGUGCAUAAAAUGUGGUAGUCUUUUGUCUCCAUUAUUAGAGAAACCCCCUCCUUCCUGUGCUGGAAUCCGCCACCGCAAGUACUACUGCACACUUUGUAAUCAAAGUGACACCAUUGAUACUGUUUCUGUCCCUUAUGUCUUUCGAUAUUUUGUGGCAGAGUUGGCCGCCAUGAACAUUAAUGUGAAGCUUAAUAUAAAGUAAAUCUGACAUCAUCUUUGAAAAGACUGUGUAAUUCUCAUUUAGUGCUGUUGGUAUUACUCAGGCAGUUCCAGAGUUAUAGCACAACUUGUGUAGCAGUUGCUGACUUGGACCGAUCUUCAUGGGUUAGGGAGAUGCUAACAUUGUCAGUCAAGGAAACACAAAGAAGGAAUGACGGAUGCUUAAUAUAUAACAAAGAUACAGUAACAAUACAAGUUUGGAAACGUGUGUACAUAUGUACUUGUGUAUUAUACACAAUUUUGUAUUCUACUUUUGUGAAUUUUUCAAGAAUAACAAAAUACACUUCACUGAAAAUAAUAAAGUGCUGAAUUUUCCAGAAUUUCUUUUUAUGUAUUUGCAUGUAUAUGUACUUGAGCAUCUUUUCUUGCCUCAACUCACAUUUCCUUCUCUGCCUGUCAAAUUAAAAAUAAAAUCAAAAGAUGAA